UUGAUGAAGGGGAACUAAGAACGUAGUAAGCUCCACGCGGCAGCGUUUAAGCCUCGAAAAACAGAGUUCCCGCGACGUCUCGUGAGAGAGAGUGAGUAAGAGCUAGACGCAGAGCGAUAGAGACCAAAGAAAAGGAAUAGUUAUUUUGAGAGGCAAUUCAGUACUUAUAUGGAAAGUAUCGCCCCCCUCCCCCCGCGCUUGGUUUUCUUUCUUUUUUGCAUAAACACCGACUUUAACGAAACGGCCUUAUCUUUAUUGGGCCUAAAGGGUAACUAAUAAAGUCCAUUAACACCCCUCGUGUUCUCCGCGUAGAGAGACCGUUGCACUAUAUUUAUAUAUAUGUACGGUACUUACACUAAUCACAAUUUCACAAUUGCUUAGAAAAUCAAUUCUCUCUUUAAGCGUUAUGUCGUCAAGCAUGAAUGUUCCACAAGUUGAACUUAGUAUCGACAGAAGGAGACUCCCUCCAUCGGUAGGAUACACAUCAAACAAUGUACGCAUCAUGAUCAACACUUGCUUUCACGAGGUUCUUGAAAACCUUACCACCCGUCAGCGAACGCUAACCGGCCGGUUCGUUUUGCUCUCCCCACCAGUUCUUAUCGAUUUCAAUCUCUCUAGUUUAAGCAACAGUUACAUCCAAGAGCUUCUCCGAGAUAAUCUUGCUCCUGGCCACCAUUGGUUAUGCCAAGAUUUGGCCGCGGAUAUCUCAUCGGAAGCGGAGGAGUUAGGUUUUGGACGUAAUGGAUUUAGCUUGACCUUCUCCAUCCAAAUCACUUACGAGCAGUACCGGUCCGGACUCAUCUGGCGCCUAAAGCGGACACAAAAAUUGUUGCCCCUUACCUCUAAUUUUUUUUAAAAAAAUAUCAUCACAACAAGGAAAACUAUCAUUAAAACUUUUUUUUUUUUGAAAAAAUGUAGUUCAUAAAUAUCAAUAUAUUAUUUAUAAAAUCUGUUAAUCAUUCACGAGAGAUAUAAUUUUAAAGAGUUAAAAUUUUGGGAGAAACAUUCCACACAAGCAAUUUUUUGUUUGGAUAAAAAUCAUUCGUUAUUUUUGAAAAAUUCUAAUACUUCAAUCGUUUUUGUAAGUUCUUGUCAACAUUCUUUUUAGGUAAUCAAAUUCCAUAAAAUGAAUUUUCUUCAUAAGACUAAAAUAGAUUUAGCAAUAUUUUCAUUUAUAAAAUUAUAUUGAAUUUUUACUGAAUUCCAGAAAACACAACUAACUUCUAAUAAUGUUAUAUUUAUUCAGAUUUCAAGAAAUUCUUAAAUAGAUUAUAAAAAAAGUAUGAAAACCAAUAAGAAGAAAUAAAAGAAGAAGGCAUAUAUAGAGGUGGGAAACACAACCACUUCAGUCAUCACCAAAUGUGAACGUAGCUUUAGAAUAAAAUACAAUUGAAAAGAAUUAAAACAUAAAACAUAAAGCGUAUAAUGAAUUAUUAAUUAGGUUUUUGUUUAAUAUUUAUCUUAUACAUCAUAUUUAAUAUAAUAAAAGAAACUAAUGAAAAAAGAAGAAACUAUUAUUUAUUUUACAAGUGAUGGUGUUCCAUCGUGUUUUAUUUCAUAGUCAUCAUUAUCAAGAAGAAAAAGAAAAUAAAAAGAGGAUGAAGAGCUUUGAACCACCCACGUGAAAGACAGUUGCCAAAUCUCAAAGCCACUACACUAAACGGCCUUUUAACAAAGUUUGGCGCCCCUAAACGAUUAAUACUUUUUGGUGCCUAAAGCCUUUGCUUUAUGGGCUUUAGCCCAGGGCCGGCCCUGCUUACAAGAGGGUUGUGGCCAUGUCUGAUCCUCCUCCAGACGAGGGAAUGUUUUUGAGAGCUGUGCUAUCGAAGUUGGUUGUGCUAGGGAAGAUAGAUAUAGAGGAGCAUGAGAGUUUGACGACCCCGUGUUCGAUUUGUCUCGACAAUCUCUA